AUGAAUUGCCAGUGCCAAGAAGCAAGCAAUGCUACGCGUUAUUCCCGCCGGUUGGCAGGGCUGGCUCCCGAGACCGGGAGCUUGGGACGCACGUCCCGGACGAAGACUGUCGCUCCGGCCGACCACGACGACUCGGCAGGACCAACGAUCCCGCCGCCGGAAAGGAAACGCGAAGCCGAAGGCUCACCGAACGUGUCGCCCCCGACCGACAGGUCGGACACACGUUCGGCCCCGAAGAAGCUGGCGGUCAUGACCGAAGACGUUAUGGCACCAGAAGACUCGGGUGAAGAUGUCGAGGAUGCCGGAAACGAAUACCAACUCUGCCUGGCGAACCCAAGUCCGGCUCCCGGAAGCACCUCCCUGGUCCAAGAGGUCACCGGCAGCCCGGGUUCGUGGACGCCUAUCCCAAACGACCCUGAAAGCGAGAAGAUCGAAGCCCAGCGGUUCCUGAAGCAGUUCUACGACGAGAGAGCUCGUCUCCUGGACGAACGUCUGGUCGGAAUGGCUGAAGAGCUGACGCGGGCCGUGGAAGCCCACGAAGCUCGUCGCCAGGAUGACUACCUGAAGGCUCUGGCGUACCUGCGCGAGUGUUACGACCGUGAGCUCGAACUAGCGCGCUCACACGCGAAGACUGAAGCGACGGCUGUCCUGCAUGAAGAAGCGAAGAGACUUGAAGACCCCUGGAACGCCAGGAUGGCAGCCGAGAAGACACCCUUAGCCGUUUGCAUGAAGACCUAA